AUGAAUACUUGGAAUCACACAAAUAAACCUGACUUCAUCCUCACAGGAUUGACAGAUUCCAAGGAAAUCCAGCUGGUCCUCGCUGUGCUGUUUCUCCUAAUAUAUCUGGUCACUGUCCUGGGAAACAUAGGCAUGAUACUGAUAAUUUGUCUAGAUGCCCAGCUUCACACCCCAAUGUAUUUCUUCCUCACCCAUCUGUCAUUGCUCGACCUCAGUUACUCCACUGCCAUCACUCCUAAAACCUUACAGAACCUGCUUUCUUCACACAAGAGCAUCUCCUUCGUAGGUUGUUUCACCCAACUGUACAUUUUCAUCCUCUUGGCAGCUACUGAAUGUUUUCUACUUUCCUCGAUGGCCUAUGACCGCUAUAUAGCUAUCUGUAAUCCUUUACAUUACCCAGUUAUUAUGUCUUCUCGACACUGCCUUACUCUGCUCACUGGGUCCUACGUGAUUGGAGCUGUGGAUUCCUCUGUCACUGUGCUUGACAUGAUUACACUACAUUUCUGCAAGUCCAAAGUCAUCCAUCACUUUUACUGUGACACAUCUCCACUUCUAUCUCUGUCCUGCAGUGACACACAGGUAGUGGAAAUCAUUAUAUUCAUUUUUGCAGGUUCCACUAUUCUGGGCUCCCUUAUCACAAUAUCUGUAUCCUAUGUGUCCAUUCUUUCUACUAUUUUGAAGAUAAAUUCUUCUUCAGGAAAGAAAAAAGCCUUCUCCACUUGUGCCUCUCAUCUCUUAGGAGUUACUGUCUUUUACAGUACUCUGAUUUUUACUUAUUUAAAACCAAGUAAGUCCUAUUUUUUGGGAAAGGACCAGGUGGCUUCUGUUUUCUACACCAUUGUGAUUCCCAUGCUGAACCCACUCAUUUAUAGUCUCAGAAACAGAGAAGUCAAAAGUGCUGUUGUUAGAUUACUGAAGAGGAAACAAGGGUCCAGGAAAUUAAGCAGCCAGUGA